UCUCUAAAAACAGUCAUCAAAACAUAACAUAAACUACAUAAAACCCCGUUUUCUCUACACUGAAGCGCGGUCCAUCAAUACGACGCCGUAAAUGACCACCAGAACCCACAACCUACUCCGUCUACUAGUCUCUUGUCGGAAAAUAACGGCACAGGUAACUAGUACCAGUUCCAACACAAUAAUAGCUAUGGCUUCAUCAUCUGAGCAAGAGUUUGCUGCACAAUGCAAAGCUAAGCUCAAUAGAGUUCCUAGAUGUCGUAAUCUAUGGGACGCGAAGAUUGCUUUUAGAGUUGGAGAGAAACUUGGCGAUAGGCUUAAGGAAGUUGGAGUUGAUGACGUGGAAAUUGAUGUUGAAGAGGAACGAAAUAGGAAUGUUUAUUAUAGGAAAAUGGUGAAGCUGCUUUUUGAAUCUGUUAAGGAAAAGGGCAUUAUUGUCACUGGAGUUGACAAAUUGAGUUUCUAGUCAUUACUGUAAAUAAAAUUUCAGUAUCUUUUUAUUCUGUUAAAAAAACUACGUAGUGUUUUUUUUCUUUAAUGUUAUUAUGGUUAGAAAUCAUAA